GCCGUGCUCCGCGCGGCAUUCACGGAAGUGGUUUCCUCCGUCUGACAAGCUGGGCGUUUGUCGCCGCGCCUUGCCGACUACUACACAGAAUGGCAGGAGUGCCAGGUCCGGGAGAGAGCCGGGCCUCGGCCAUGGCCGUGGAACAGGACAUGUUCGACGCCGUCGUGAUGGCGGAUGAGAGAUUCCAUGGGGAAGGAUAUCAGGAAGGCUAUGAAGAAGGCAGUAGCUUGGGAAUCGUUGAAGGAAGGCAGUAUGGCACAUUACAUGGAGCCAAAAUUGGAUCUGAGAUUGGGUGCUACCGUGGUUUUGCUCUUGCAUGGAAAUGUCUCCUACACAGUAGUACUGGCGAGAAAGACAGUAGGAAGAUGAAGGUGGUGGAGGCGCUGAUUGCACUGCUGCAACACUUCCCCUAUGGUGACCCCACUUACGAGAGGCUCCAUGAAGACCUGGACAGAAUCAGAGGGAAAUUCAGACAGCUGUGCUCACUGCUCAAUGUGCAACCAGAUUUCAAGGUGACGGCAGAAGGCUCCGGACUUGCGUUUUGAGGACUCAGAAGAGCAGAUGUCUGCACAUUAAGUGUCAGAGUGAUUAAAGGCGAGCCUGAGUGGUGCUCAUUGUUCUGUGGGAGGACCAGUGUGGUCUCUUCCCUCUUCUUGGGUGGCUGGCCGAGGUCUGUCUGCCCUGCCUUCUGCACAGGGUCCUGGCAGUACCCUCAAGAGACUGCUUGCUGCUGGCCAGAGUGAGUGUCUUUGUCACUCCAGUGGUCCGGGUAGGUUGCCCUGAGGGCAGGACUCAAGAGAGGCAGGCUGAUGUGAAAGAGUUUAAUGGGAAGCCAAACAGGUUCUUUGCUGUGUGCUGAGCCCCUGCUGGCCGCACUUGGGCUUCCUUUGUUUCACUCCAUCUCUCUGGCAGCCCCAGAGGUGGAUAUCAUUCCACUUUAGAGGUAAUGAAAUAGACCCACCUAGUCUAAGGGGCCUGCCUGGCAGCAGAGCUGCCUGCUACCCCAGAUCCAUGUUCUGUAGUGCCAUCAUUGCUUACACCAUUGGUACCCUGUCCUCUGCGGCAGAAGACCCAGGUUCCUGCAGUGUGUGUAGGGUUCAGGCUCCAUUUGGCUUGGUUUGCCUCUGGAUACCCAGCUGAGAAGACAAGGCCAACCUGGUCCCGAGGAAGCUGAGGCAUGGCCUUCAUGCUGCCCCACGUGUGGGAUGAGCCCUACACAUUAAGAAGUGGCAAUGGGGGAACUACUGGGAACCAAAGCAGGACCAGAUGAUGGUUGCCACUGUGAACGUGCAGGGGCUUGCCUGUGUGACACUACUUCUUUAACAGCAGCUUGAGUGUCUUGCAUGGUAUUCACAGGCUGGUAUAAGGUGAGCUGGCAAGAGUAGGCUCAGUGCUCCCAUGCAUUUCACGACAGCAUGUAUUGAUAUGCCCUCCUUUGGGUGGCCCCAUUGUACCCUGACAGUCCCUGACUGUCCCUAUUUCAGGCAUGAUGUGAAGGGGUCACUGUGGAUGUGUGCCACUUGGAGUUUUGGGUUCUUUUUUUAAUUUUAAUUUUCUUUUAGAGACAGAGUCUCGGUAUAUAGCCCAAGCUGGCCUUAAAGGGUGAUCCUCCUGCCUCAGCCUUUGAGAGGACUGGAAUCUCAGGCCUGUGGCCCUAAGACACUGUUUUUAACAUCUUUUCAUAGCAACUUGAUAGAUUAGGAACCUCUGUACAGCUGGAGCUCUUCCUUCAUUCCAUCAGCCCAGCUGAGCUAGAGGGAGGGAUGGUGCUGGUGCGUGAGGCUUGGGAUGCCAUGCACCUGGCUUCCUGAGCCUGGCAGCAGCCUCAGGAGUCCUGCACCAUUCUCCCAGCUCCUCCCAGGAGCAGGUGCUCUUCAGAGUGCUUCUCUGGGUUCUGAGCUCAGAGAAUGGUGGCUGCUGUUUUGAUCAUAUUUUCCUUUUCUAUUUGGAGAAGAGAAUAAACAUUGUAUUUUAAAGCGA